UCCUUCUAAACCGGUCUCCAUCCUUCCCACGCCCGUUUCAAACUUUCCCGCUCUGGGUUCUUCCAUCUUACAAGAGGCGAGGGAGCGAGAGAUGGAGAAGGACAAGGAGCGGGAGAGGGAGAUGGAAGGAUGGGAGACGCCGAAGAGGGUGGAGUGCAGGAUUCCGGCGGUGCUGCCGUGCCCGCCGCCGCCGAAGAAGAAGUCGCCGGCGGGGACGCUCGGGAAGAGGAGGGAUCCGCCCAAGAACGGCUACUUCCAUCCGCCGGAUCUGGAGGCGCUCUUUGCCCUCGCGCCCUGGAGGGAGGCGUCCUGCGCUUGAUGCUGGGAUCUGGGAUCGGAAGAAAGACCGCUCGCGCCAAGAGGCGGUGCUGUUGUGUAAAUAUUUCUGUUGUACCCUUAUUAUUACUAUAACAUCAGGCAUUUUGGGUUUUAUCUUU